AGAAUCCAACCGGUAUACACACACAAGCCAAUACACGUAGGUGUAUUUUUGUGCCGUGUUCCGUAGCAGACGACGAUCGCUGAUCGCGACCAGACGAAGCUGUCUCGCUUGAGGAACCCAAAACGGAUUGAGGCUAACACCAGCUCCUCCCCUUUACCGGUAUAAAAGACCUCCGCUCUGGCUCUACCAGGCAUCAGUGCAUUCGACAUCCAAGAAGUGCUGAGAUACACCAGUGGUGCAGGCAGAGAGAGGUAUCUGACCAAGGAAUUGGACGUAUCCAUCAUAGCAACGGAUAUCUUUUGCCUAAUCAGUACUUAAUGAAGAGGAGUUCGUCUUCUAUGGAUAAAUUUCGAACGUUAAUAUCUGUCUUCUAAUUAUUGAAUGGUUCGCGGAGUAGUAAAUUAAUUUUUUUCUGAUCGCUGAGAAUGCUCCUUAUCUUCAUGACUUCAGUAGCGCGGUUGAGUUAAUAUGGUUGAGAGUCAUGACAAAACCUUCUGCUAAGUUUGGUUGCCCCUUCUUUCAUUUUGUCUUUCCUACCGGAUAGGAUACCACUUAUUCUUCAGAAGUCAUUCCAAGCACAACGAAUAAAGUUUAGAAGCAUCAUCUUGUCUUGUGUCUUCCAGCGAGACUUGGCAAUUCAGUUUAUAGUCAUAAAUAAUAUUAUCACGACUUGUGUAAAAUAUCUUCAGCUUUUAACUUAUUCCAAUCAAGUUAAACUUUAGUGACCGUCAAAGACAACAACAAGACCAUGUUUUCAUCAAGCAGUACAUCCUCCUCCAUACGUUGCUGCCUAGCGGCGUCGUGGCUGGGCCUCGCAGUACUUUCCCUCACUUUCGAUGGCCUCGGUGCCGGUGGACAGUGCAAGUUCGAUCUGCAGGAGUACCAGGACCGGCGGAUUGCCGCCAUCAAGGGACAGAUCCUCAGCAAACUGGGUCUCACCGCCCUGCCCACCGAUGAUGGACCAGAGGAUGUGCCUAAGGACAUACUGGAUUUAUUUAAUCAAACAGUGACACUGCUCGAGGAGAAAUACGAAAACGAGAGAGAACAGUGUAAGGGGUUGUCAGGCGGUAGUGAUGACUAUUUCGCGCAAUUGCCCAUCUUAUAUGGUAUAGUGGAAACUGAUAUUGAAAAAGAUAUUGGCAAUUACGCGACGGUUAAACGACUAUCAAAAUUUUUCCGGUUCGACCUCACGAGUUUCGAAGAGGACAGCCAGGGUGACGAAGUGACAGAGGCCGAGUUCAGACUCUACCAAGUUCCCAAUGAAAUGAAGGAUACAGAACAACAAAUCGACCUCUUUCAACUCAUAACAUCCUACAACAGUACAGAGGAACCGACCAGGCGAUUCUUAACGAGCUGGACGGUAUCGACGACUAGGGAAGGAUGGCUCGCGCAUGACGUCACAGAUGUCGUGAGGGAAUGGGUAGCUGAUCCAGAAACGAACCUUGGGUUUGAGUUGAACCUGAACUGUGGUGACUAUCUGCUGGGACCCACUACCACUACACCAGCUUCCAUCCCAAAAGACCAGCAUAAACUACACGUCUUGUUUGCAGACCCCAGAGGUACCUUUCCAAGUAUGGAUAAUGGACGUGGCGACGGCAACCCUAGAGGUGAAGGAUUCCCCAGUAUCAACCAUCCUAGAUUGGUCGUCAUGACCCCUGCCAACCAUUCACGAGGAAGCGAAAGCAACAGCGUCCGAAAGCGACGAAGCACCUCGUACAGCGGCUCCCAGUGCGACCAGAACUCACCCAACUGCUGCCUUCGCCCGCUCGUCAUCAACUUCAGGCGCGAUCUCAAAUGGAACUGGAUCCGACAACCCCGCAACUAUUCGCCAAACUUCUGCGCGGGAUCUUGCCCCUAUAUCCUGAGUGCCGACACGUCCCAUGCUUCAGUUCUAUCGCUUUAUAAACAUCUCAAUCCGGACGCGAGCCCCUCGCCAUGCUGUUCUCCUCAAACAUUCAAACCUUUAACCAUCCUUUUCUACAACAGAGGGCGUCCCGAGAUCAGGCAACUUAAUAACAUGAUUAUAGAAACUUGUAGAUGUAGCUAGUCCCAGAUAUUAGAACAACCAAACUACUAUGACGUAGAAGGACAUGAAGUUGUUGUUGGAUCGUUGCAGGAUGGUCCAGUGUAAAUUAAAACUCUAUUUAAAACAAGAAAACUUUUGUGAGGUACUACUAGAUGCUUUGGCCUGACUGUGAACUAUGUUGUGCUUUCUACAGGCUAAACUGCGCAUCAUAUUGGACACCAACCCAGAUGUGCUGAAUGUGAUGUCAUAUGCAAAUGACUUCAUCGUAUCUAAUUUUCUCUUUUUCUAUAUAUUAAAAAACUGUACUAUUUAUCUUUUAUUCUAUUUGCCAAAUCAUAUGAAGUAAUGUUUUGUGGCACUUCAUGAACUGAUAAUAUGUUAUGAGCAAAAUACUAUAGUGUACUAAUGCAUUUAAGAUUGUAUGUUUUCUCCUUGAACAAUAGUGCUCUUGAUUGUCAUGAAAACAUGUACUGUUGCUACGUCGGGCCCUCCGAAAAGGUUCCUUGUCAUUAUUUUAUAGACAUGUAGCAAACUUUCUUUAGAACUAUGCUCUCAUCUGAACCUGUUCGUGAACGGAUUUUGUGAGUAGCGAUUAUGUCCAAUCAUGGACUUACUAGACUAGUAAGUCCAUGGUCCAAUCGUGUGCAGACGGCGAACCAGUGCCGGUUGUGGAAGAUCGUAUAGGAUUAUUUGAGCAGUAUAUUACAGUGGCAUACCCAGAAAUGAGGGGGAGGCGAAUUCUUAGAGGGGGUCUUAAUACAAGGGAGGGGGCAUACGCCAGCCCCAUCCUGUACUGGAUACGCCACUGUAUAUCACUCUGGCAAGAGUUCUGCAUAGUUUGUCGAAAUCGUUUAGCAAAUCGUGAUGUGCUAAGCUCUGGUAUAUAUAAUAUGCUAAAGGACGCGACACAACUUGUGUUUUGAAUUAUGUUAUAAUAUAUCUUGAAAAAAGGUAUUCUGCAUGGAGGUUGAAUGUAGUUGUCUUUCACUGACAAGCAUUAACAAUACACGACGAGGGAACGAAGAGUGGUCAUCUUUCUUUGAGAAAUUCUUACAAUGAAAAGAAUUCUCAAGAUAUGUUUUCACCAUCCUCAGGGGCAUACAUCCGUGUCAGAAUGGUGUUGGAGAUUAAUAUCGGUUUUGAAGCAUUUAAUUAUGCUGUCUAGUGGUGUGUCUAGAAUGUCAUGAAGAUUUUGAAAUCAUUUGGUUGGGGUGGUACAACCACCCGAACAUUUUGUAACCCUGUCUAUUAUAGAUAAGCACAGUUUUUACGCGAUAUGAUCAAAGAUGUCUGGUUUAGACAAAGAAAACUUUGUGAAAUGUUUCACCACAUUAUUACGUGAAGAUAAAUACAUUAUGGACAUCAUUGACAGGUGGAGUGGGAAAGAGCGUGUGUGUGUCAGAGAGAGAGAGAGAGAGAGAGAGAGAGAGGGAGAAAGGGAAGGGGGUAGAGGGAGGGAGACAACACAAUUAAGAGAAAGAGAGAUGUAUAGGGCCUAUAGGAGCAGGGAAGACAUACUUACAUGAUUUUGUAGGAGGAUCUGACAUUUGGUAAUAAUAAGAAGUUAAUACGAAGCGAAAAUAAUUGUAUGCUCUUGAAUCGGGACGUUCUAAAGGAGAGGGGGAGGGGGGUUCCACUCAAAUGUUCGUAUUCCAAAUUAUGGUUAAAUAAUUGGCAAUUCCACAAAAUUUACUAAUUCUAGGAUUUGGUCAUGCUUCGAAGAAAAUUUGCCCAAUCAGCGAAGAUUAUUGCCGACUUUUUUCUUCUUCAACGGAAAUUCAAAUUAUUAUUAUUCUAGUGAUACCUCCGUGGUAAAAUACUUGUUUAGUUGUCCAUCCGCGUCUAUAUUUAAAUGGAAUGAUGGCAUCUUCUUCUUUCUUUGAAGACGGUCUUAUUAAAAAAGAAUAAUCUUGAAGUCAUUCCAGAAAAGUAUGUUUGAUAUAGUUUGCUAAGCUCGUUUGAUAGCGCAUGCUUGGAAACUUAAUUAUAGCUCAUCUUCAUGUCAAAUAGGUUUGUGCAUAUAAUGAUUAUUUGCAUUUAUUUUAGAUUGGACUAUAUAGUUUGUGCUCUGCCUGCUAUAGCAAUCUAUUUUAGACUAGAAAAAAAAAAAAACGUGAAACAAUUCUUAUAGGUCAUAAGAUUUGUUUUCUUCAUUUCUUCAUUUUCCUUGACAAACUGGAUCAGUACAUGAUUUGCGUCAAUAUUUACAUACAAUUGUUUGUACCUUAAAAGAGAUACAAUUUUAUUUCAACUUUAAAGAGAUAUUCUGUUGUUGGCAGUCACAUGACUUUGAAUCGACCGUCAACCUUAUACGUUGAACGAUUUCGAAUUUUGAUUAUAAAAUCGAAUAAAAAUUACUCUGUGUGUGAGAAUAGCUUCUUUGUACAUGUACAUCUGAACGUAUUUGUAUAGGAAAUAGAUGGUUAAAAUAAAUUACUUCAAAAACAGGCUAGAAUUUUUUCUUGGGGGUACUCGCCUAAUCUAACAGGCUGAAAAUGACAUGUUUUACGAAGGUUGUGUGAAAAGCUCAGUUGUGUACACUGCCGCGUUCGUCAAGCCAGAUUUUUCUUUUGCUCAAUUCUUGUCUUGUAGUCCAAUCAAAUCUAAAGUCUGUUAAUUAUCCUCAUGCAUUAUGGUGAAUUGAUUGAUUUGUUAAGAAAACAUGAUCAAGAUGUACGAGGAUCAUGAACGAUUCGUAAAAUAUUGUGGUAUCUGAUGCCAGUGGUAACCAAAUAAUGUAAAUGCUGUUUCAGAAUUAUGAAAGGUACUAUGAAAAUUUUCAAGUUGAAUAAUGUGAAUGCUUGAAAUAUGCACAAAUCUGUCGUAAAAUGCUUGCAAAAAACAAACAUUGGAUUUAUAGGUAAAAAUAUUGAAUAAGUGUUUUGCUUUAUUGAUCAUAUACUGCCCAUUACUGGACCGACUUUAUGAUUUUUCCACUAAACUGUUAUAAAUCACAAGCACAUUUUUACCCCCCCCCCCCCGCAUCUUAGUUGCUCUUUGUGGGUUGCUUCCAAUAAGAACUCGCUAAGUUCUUGAUAUACAUUGAAGACAAAAAAGAAACACAAAAUUGCAUUUUUCGAUCUAAUUGAAAAGCAUUGUGUUCUAUUUUUUACGAGUAAUAGAACGGGACGUUUUUCAAAAGAGUAUUACUGUAGAUAGAAAAGUUAUCCCGCGCUUCUGCUUUGUUUGCGCGCGCAAAAUAUACCUUCUGCCGAAAGUAGCAUACUCCUAAAUAUCUCAUUUGCUAUAAUACUUCAUUCUUGUGUCUCCUUUUAUAAUGUGUUGUGUCUCCACAAUUCAAUUUUAAAAGAAAAAUCUAUGGCGUUGUGUGAUUCCUGCUUGUGAUAUGGUCCCAUAGGGAUAUAGAUAUUAUGUAAUAUUUCUUAUUAUUAAUGUACAUCUUGAAAUUGUUAUUAAAAAUUAAUGUCAGUCAAUGUACUAUAAA